AUGACUGUUACAGAAGUUCGGAGUUUUCUCGGACUAGCUGGAUACUACCAGAGGUUCAUCAAAGGAUUCUCAGUGAUAGCUUUACCUUUGACUUACCUUACACAAAAGGAAGUUCCGUUUAUCUGGACGGCUGAGUGUGACAGAAGUUUCGAGAUGCUUAUGGAAAAGCUAACAACUACACCUGUAUUAGUGCUACUAGAUCCACAGAAACCUUUUGAAAUAUACUAUGAUGCCUCUCAUAAAGGACUUGGACGUAUGCUGAUGCAAGACAAGAAUGUGGUGGCUUACGCUUUCUGGCAGCUAAGACCUCAUGAAUGA